CUCCCAUCAUCUUCAUCUCUCAACAGACCAUUAGCUCUGUUUCUCUCUCUCUCUCUGAACCCCUUCUGUCUCUCUCUUCCCAGGGUAGCCAUGUACAGACCAGCUUUUGCCCCUAUAAGAAUUCAUCGUCAUCAUCGUCUUCGUCGCCAUGGAUGCCAACAAUCCCCUGCUCGCUUGCUCACUCCACUGACUCUAUGGAUAUGUGUGUCGGUGAUUCUGAGAUAUGGGUACUACGGUAAUUGCCACAUGGUGCUUGGGCCUAGCUCGUCCAGAUUGUACGAGGCGAGCUCUGUGUUUGUAGCGCAGGUUGAGGCGAGGGAUCCUCAUAGGAAAGGGGCUUUUCUUUAUGGGUUUUCGGAGAAGCCAGAGUUGAGCUUGGAGAAGAAUUGGGCCGUGUCAAGCUAUGUGAUUGUUUCUCCGUACAGUCGCAAGGGAUUCAACUUGUGGUUGAACGAGGGUUCGAGAAUCCGCAUGAGAUGGGAAGCUCAGACUAGCAGUUUGGAUCAACUUGAAGUGUCUCUAAUUAAAGGCGAACGAAAAUUCGAAACAUUGAUCCCAACUUCACCUACUUCCCCUGCCCUCUUUGAACCCACAGCUGGCAGGGUAGCUGAAUAUGCCAUUCAGGAAAGUGACAGGUACUACAUUGGCAUUGUAAAUGCCAACCCCAAGAGCAUCAUAAUGGCGAUGAAUCUAAACGUUUCAUCGAAGAUUUAUGAUACAACUAAAGCAAACACCAUGUGCUCGACAAGCAAUGGAUCAUGCCGGCUCAAUCUUCUCUUUCCCAUCACCCAAUUUGUUGCAGUAACCACACCGAACAAUGGAGAUCUCGGAGAAUGGUACAUGGAGAUAUCUUUCAUAGCUCGUAUAGCAACCUAUAUAGUAAUUUUAGGGCUUCUAGUGAUAACUGUUCUCCUAAUUCUGAAACUACUUGGAGCCUGUGAUAGCGAGGCUCGCGAAGAAGUAGAAGCGAUACAAGAAGUAACUGAGGCCGAUCCUUUGAUGCCCGACAAGCCAUUUCAAUUGCUAUAUGGAACCGGUGAGGAUGAAGAGUCCGGAUCAUCGAGCUGCUCAGAGGACUUAUAUGAUGGCAAGAUCUGUGUUAUCUGCUAUGAAGAGCCCCGCAAUUGUUUCUUUGUCCCUUGUGGACACUGCGCCACCUGCCAUAGCUGUGCUCAGAGGAUCAUCAAUGGAGAGAAGAAGGUUUGCCCCAUUUGUCGAAGGCUGAUCCACAAAGUUAGGAAGUUGUUGAUUCCUUAGACUUUCCUGAGAUUGUGAUUUGUGGCUUUCUCAGAAAAGCAGCUUCUGUAGAAGAGGGACAUCUUUGUUUUGGCUAGGACUAAUAAUUGUUUGUUUAUGAUUGCCAUUACGUCUACACCCACAGGAAAGUGGUGAGAGAUCACUGGGAUUGAAUUGAAUUUACAUUGGCAGCUUGCUGGGGAGAAUUCUGUUGAAGGAACUUUCAACUUUGUA